CUCACACUGGUUGGACAGUAUUACCAGAACUCACCGCAAAUAAGUUCAUUACUCGUCUACGAAAAAUAUUUAGAGAUCUACGUCGUCUCUAAUCGACGCUCUAAAUUAUAAACUAUUUUGGAUUUAACGCAGCAUCUUCGGUUUAGUUUGCUUCAAGGCGAAACAGCAUGUUUUUUAUCCUGUUGUUUUUAGGAAGGAUCGCGGCAGCGACAGUUCUCGCUGAACAUGGCAAUAAAACGGGACUUCGUAUGAACUGCACGAACGACGGUUGGGGCGAGAUGUCUUGCGACUUGGACGCAGAAAACUGCACAGGACUUAACCUGAUUCUAAAGACCCGCGUAUACGAUAAACAUCGAACAAGCGAGUGUAAACCUACACAGUGUAGCAGUGGACGAUGUUGUUGUUCUAUUAAAAUGAUCAUUGUUUUCGGGGAGAAGCACAAUGCUACUGUGUGGAGAGACGGCCAUAGACUGGAGUCCAAAAUCAUUGACAUUUAUAGUACCAUAAAACCCAAACGUCCCGAAAUCAGACCGGUAGAAGAAGUCAAUGGAAAAUUCCUAAUUAAAUGGAAAACAAAUAUGAAGGACUUAUUGGAUAGUGAUUUGACUUCCAAUGUUACAUACUGGAAAAAAGGAGAUACAAAGAAGGUUUCAAUGACUGUUAAACCUGCCAUCAGCAAUGGACUGAAAAUAUAUGAAAUACAUAGUCGGGAACUGGAGCCGAGCACUGAUUAUGUGGUCAGUGUUAAAAGUGACUUGAACAACAUAUUUAGUGAAAGCAGCGACGAAAUGGAGUUUACAACCCCUGCCUCCCCCAAUAAUGGGCUCAAAGUGGUCAUGGCCAGUAUCAGCGUCGUUGCAGUUGUUCUCAGCAGUCUAAUAUUUGGCUGUUUUUUCAAAAUAAAGAAAAAGUGGUGGGACGCUGGUGCCAGGUGGCCAGAUUCAAAACUACUGGAUAUGAAAUCAACUGAAGAAAAGUUGUUAAAGCCUGAACUGAUCAUCACCUCUGGUGUCCACAUUGUGCCCGUUUUUGCAGAUGACAUUAAAUCAUAUACGUCAAAUGGGUCACUGAUUGACUCCAGCGUUGACAAAUACCAGCAAAGCAGUAUAAUGGGCUCUGGCUCCUCCAGUUUAGGUUAUGCAAAAACAGAACCUGCUGAUGUCGUGACCUGUGUUCACGAAGCCCUCGCUAAAGUUUUGCCCCAUAUCGUUUUGUCACCUUUGGGCAACAGCCUCACUAACAAUGAUGGCAAUGUCCAGGUUGAUGUCGCUAACAGUAAAUUACUGAGCUUCACCAAUAUGACCUAUUCAGGCUGCCCACCUCAGAUUAUGACAGACCUCCCUGAGUACCAGGAACAUACUAGAAUGUUUUAUGACUCUGGUUACCAUCCCAGUGAGGCUGAAGACAUGGUGACAGCUGCUGAUCACCAGCUUCUUUUUAAUGUACAGCAAGUGGUUCAGUCUUUAGUGCCAGUAGACAUGUCAUAUCAGCAGUGCAGCACAGAUUCAGGGGUGUCCAGUUUGUCCUACAGCUCAAGCAACAAUGCAAACGUUGAGACUGACAGCUUCAAUGAGGGUCUCAGUUGGGAAAUAAAGCAACAUGGAAAAAGUCUAGAAGGUACCAUGAGUGAAGAAAGUCCCUUCCUUGGCUGUUUGCACCCAGGACCCAAAAACAUUCCUCUAGUGAUUGACGACUACCAGGCUGUUUAGCAGCUUGUGGUGAAGCAGCUGUUGUUCUGAGAUACCAUGUUUCUGAGCUUUAUAAAUAUUUCCAAAUCGGUUUAGAAAGGCAGUAGAAUGUUAAAGGCUUUUGAUACUUCUAAAUGUUGCCAACCCUAUCUUUUCAACUGGUUACUAUGAUGAAUACAACUUUUAGUAUAUGUGAUAUUGUUGGCAAUUUAAUUUGAUCAAAACAAAAAUGUGUAUGAUUUGAAUAAUAGGGGAUCAAGGACUUCAUCUUGAAGAACUCCACAGUUUACUUUUGUCUCUCAAAAAGGUGCAUGUUAUACUGUAUGAUGGUGGAUGGAUGGCAAAGCCAAUCAUUUAAGUCAUUCCAAGCCAACUUUUGUGACCCACAACUGUAAUACAAACUUCAUAAGAAGAGCAUUAUUUUAAGAAAAUGUUUCACAACACUGUUUUGUUUAUCUUAAAACAAAAUGACCAUAUGUGGCUACAUGUGUAUGGUAAUUUGGAUAAAUGUGUGAUAGGAAUUUGCAUAUGUAAAAUAAAGAGAUGUCAUUAUUCUAUAUAUAAUAGAAAAGAAAGACUGGGUUAUAGAGUGUACAACAACUAAAGGAGAAGAUGUCACAGAAUCAACCUUUACACACUAUUGUCACUAUGGUUUAUGCCGUUCAUCAGUUCAGGCCAGUUAUUACUGCUGAAUGUCUAGAAGACGGUGUUGCUUUUCUCUGUGAUUAUUGGCUUUAUGGUUUAUGAAUGUUUAAGAUAUUUAUUUUUGUUUCAUGUUAAACACUUGCACCUUGUGUAUAUAAGUUAUUUUUUGUGUGUUUUUUAUGUCAAAACAUCUUUUGACAUAAAAAACAUCUUAUAUAUAUCUUUUUGUAUAAAUGUGUAUAAUGUAUAAGUGCGUCUGUUCCAGCUCUUGUAGAUCUGAAUGUGGCUGUUUUGUAACCAAAUGGUUUUGAGUGUAUGUUUGAGUGUAACAGCUGA